AUGGACUUCCUCGCGGACGCGUCGUUCCUGCAGACGCCGCUCGCCGAGGGACUCGGCCUCGGGAGCGAUGUUAAAUCAUCCGCCGGGGGGAGGCCGAUGGUGCACAGGGGUUUCGCCGCGCGCGCGAGGGAGGUGCGAGCGCACGUGCGCGCGGCGUGGCGUCGCGCGAGGGAGAGGGGCGAUCGGUUCGUGCUGUGCGGGCACAGCCUGGGCGGGGCGGUCGCGACGCUCGCCGCCGUCGCGAUCCUCGCAGAGGCGGACGACGACGAGUCGCGUUCGGCGGCGGCUGAGGCGCUGAGGUGCGUGGCGUUCGCGUCGCCGCCCGUGGGUAACUCCGCGUGGAGACGAGCGGUGUGGGAGCGCGGGUGGGGUCCCGCGUUCACCAACGUGUGCGUCCCGGAAGAUCCCGUCCCGAGGCUGCUGUUCACGCCGCGGCGAGGGGCGACAGUCGACGCGCCGCGACAGCCGCCGACGCGGGAUACCUCGCGGGAGGCCAACGCCGCGCGCAGGCUCCCGCGCCUGGUCCCGAUGACGCAACGUCGUUCGGAUGAGACGCAGGGCGACGCUGGGGGGGGCACGGGCAAGUCGUCCUACCUUCGCGCGGCUGGUCGAGCCAUUCGUCCGGAAUACGUCCACCUGGGACCCAUACACCACCUGUUACGCGGCGGUCGCAUCGUAUCGUCGGACGCUCAUACGAUAUCGGACGACGAAGGCGUCGCCGGUGCGGCCGGAGGGGACGUCGCCGCCACGACCGACGAGACGCGGGAGGGCGGGCCGGGUGCCAUCGCGGCUGUCCGACACGCGGUGCUCCGUCACACCAUGCGAACGUACCGGGCCAGGAUGGUGGAGCUGUGCGACGGAGCUGUUGGAGCUAAGCCGGGUUCGCACCCGCGUCGUCCGCCAUCGUCCACCGGCAUCCUUCCGCGGCCCGUCGGAACGGCGAUCGACGCGACGCCCAACCCACGUCCGAUGAUCGCGGUCGCCGUCGUCUCCGUCGGCGAAGAUGGAGCGUCGUUCGCCGCGUCGACGUCGAUCAGGGGUUUGGAUCUGGAUUUGUGCGACGUCAAGGCGGGCGUGAAGGCGGAGGUGAGAGGGUGGCCGUGCGUCGUCGCCCACACGUCGCCGAUGUGUUCUCCCUCGGAACUCGCCGUCCGCGUCUCGGCGCCGAGCUUCAACGGCGAGAAACUUCCCGACGCCGACGCGGGGGGACCGAGCGUAUUUGGCUGGGCACCGAUGAUACUGUCGUGCGGCGGCGACUUUGGCGACGCCAGGGUUGGGGUUAGGGUUACCCCUAGGCGGGUGUGGGUCACCGCGGGCGACGACGUGGACGUGGACGACGUAACGGACGUAACGGACGCGUUCCGCGAGACGGACGGCGGGUGGAUCGACUUUCGUUCCGUCGUUUCGGUGGAGCGGCGGCGGUGGUCCAUUCGUCGAUUGCUCGGAUCGCUCGGCGGCGCUCCGGAUCGCCCGCCCGCGCCCGGCGACGUCUUCGUGGUCGUGACGGCCGGUGACGUGGCCGAGGACGGCGCGACGGUUCGCGUGACGCCGGGUACGAACGUCAGGGACGCGAGGCGGGCGUUACUUGGGGCGUUACGGAGGACCGAGCGCGACGCGUUGGCGCACGCGGCGGACGCGCUCUUUGACGAUCCGAGGCGGCGGAAGUCUCCGUUCCGCCAGGGGUUCGCCUUCGGCGCGGCGGCGGCGGCGGGAGCGGCGUUCGGCGCGGCUCUCAGACGGGACUUCGAGGGAGAAGGGUGA